ACCCGCUUAGGUAAGGAAUCCACCCAAAACCCAAAUUCUGAAUCCCCAAAAUAUACCAAAAAAACAAGGCGGGAACACCACACCUGAAAAUAUUCGAAACCACGCGCUUCCGCUUCAAAAUUUCCCAAAACACCAAAAACCACUGCAAAUUUUUCAAACCAAACAAUUUUCCGCCAUAAAAAAAAAAAACAAAACUCGUUUCUUUCUUCUUUCUUAAACCCUCUCAUUCACCAAUCAUUCUCAUUCUCUUCUAUCUUUCUCAUCUUUCACUAUGGCUGAUCAAGAAAACACUAUCCCCACGCGCCGCCCUCAACGUGAAGCAAAAACAAGAGCAGUAGCUGCACUAUCUGAACAGCGUAAAAGGAAGCGCGUUGAGCGCGUGGAGCGUGUUGCUCUUGGUGAUGUAACUAAUACAUCGGUGAAAAAUGUUUCUGAUAUUCAUAAACAGAAAAAGAGAAACAUUGCGAAAUCGAAGUCAGUUGAAGAAGAAUCUCCGGUACCGGAAAAUUUGGAAGUGAAAUCGGAAGUGAAACCGGAAGAUCCUCAAUUAUGUGGGCCUUAUGUUUCUGAUAUUUACGAUUAUCUUCGUAAUUUAGAGGUUGAUCCUAGUAAAAGACCUUUGGCUGAUUACAUUCAGAAAGUUCAGAGGGAUGUUAAUUCUAGUAUGAGGGGUGUUCUUGUGGAUUGGUUGGUUGAAGUUGCUGAAGAAUACAAACUUGUUUCGGAUACCCUUUAUUUUUCUGUUUCAUACAUUGAUAGGUUUUUGUCUUUGAAUGAUUUAAGUAGACAGAAGUUGCAAUUGCUUGGUGUUUCUUCAAUGCUGAUUGCUUCAAAAUAUGAAGAGAUUAAGCCGCCUGAGGUGGAGGACUUUUGCUACAUUACCGACAAUACAUACUCGAAGGAAGAGGUUUUGGGCAUGGAGGCUGAUAUUUUGAAGGCAUUGAAGUUUGAAUUGGGUGGUCCUACAAUAAAGACAUUUCUAAGAAGAUUCUUCACUAAAGUUGGUCAAGAGGGUAUUGAUGCUUCUGAGUUGCAGUUUGAGUUCCUUGGCUGUUACCUUGCUGAGCUCAGUUUGCUGGAUUAUCAUUGUGUGAAGUUCUUGCCUUCUAUGGUGGCUGCUUCAGUUGUAUUUCUCGCACGUUUUAUGUUAAGCCCAAAGACUCAUCCUUGGAAUUUAGCCAUCUAUCAACUCACCAGAUAUAAUCCAGCUGAAUUGAAGGAAUGUGUUCUAACGAUACAUGACUUGUACCUCGGUAGGAAAGGGGGCGCUUUGCAAGCUGUGAGAGAUAAAUACAAACAACACAAGUUCAAAUGUGUGGCAACAACACCCUCUCCACCGGAGAUACCGCUUUCUUUUUUUGAAUUUAGAGAGGCAGAUCCAUAGUCAACUGUCUUGAUUUUCAUUGCUAUUGCUAUCACUCUUUAGUUUCAAGUAGUGGCAGAAGCAUGUGCAAAAGGGUCUCCUAUUCAAGUGGUUUGCUGAUGCUGAUUUUGGGGCUUGCCAUGAAAUACUAUGGCAUUUAAUGUAUCAAUUGCUGAUUGAUGGGAAUACCAUGAAAUGUAUUUCCCAUUAGUUUUGAAUUAGGUUUUCUUUUAAACCAUUUAGAAAUCUCUUUGCAAGAAUCAGUUCAAGUAGUUUCCAUUCUUUUAGUUUUUGUACAGAAAACUGGUAUAGGUUUUCAUCCUAAUUUUUCCAAUCUAUGGUGUACUUGCUCUGAUUUGCAGAAAUCAAAUUAUUGGUUGGUGACAUUAUCACA